UUGUCAGUGGAGCAGAGGAAGGAGGUGAUGGAGGGAGGAGGAGGAGGAGGAGGAAGAGGAGGGCUGAUGUGUGCUGAUCAGCAGCAGGUCUGAUGAUGAUGAUGAUGAUGAUGAUGAUGCUGUGAGUCAGAGCCGAGGGUUCAGGAUGCUCAGAGCCGCUCCGGAGUAGACAAACCCCGCACACACAGACCGAGAGGAUCCGCGGAGACACGCAUACAGGUGAUUCAUCCAGAGCAGCAGGUGGACUCAAAAUCCCAGAAUGCCAGAGCAGAGUAACGACUACCGGGUGGUGGUGUUUGGAGCCGGUGGGGUGGGGAAGAGCUCGCUGGUCCUUCGAUUUGUUAAAGGCACCUUCAGAGACACCUACAUCCCCACUGUGGAGGACACGUACAGACAGGUGAUCAGCUGUGAUAAGAGCGUCUGCACGCUGCAGAUCACCGACACGACAGGAAGUCACCAGUUUCCCGCCAUGCAGCGUCUGUCCAUCUCCAAAGGCCACGCCUUCAUCCUAGUCUACUCCAUCACCAGCCGUCAGUCACUGGAGGAGCUCAAACCCAUUUACCAACAGGUUCUGGCCAUCAAGGGCAGUGUAGAGUCCAUUCCCAUCAUGCUCGUGGGCAACAAGAGCGACGAGACGGCCCAGCGCGAGGUGGAGACGAAGGAGGGUGAGGCUCAGGCCACAGCCUGGAAGUGUGCCUUCAUGGAGACGUCGGCCAAGAUGAACUCCAACGUGAAGGAACUGUUCCAGGAGCUGCUGGCCCUGGAGAAGAAGAGGGACAUGAGCCUGAGCAUCGACGGCAAACGAUCGGGAAAACAGAAGCGAGCCGACAAGCUGAAGGGGAAGUGUAGCGUCAUGUAGAGCGAACGGUGGCGGCGGCAGCGGACUCGCUGUGGAAACAGCAGAGGAGGAGGUGGCAGGAGGGAGGGGGAGUCUGCUGAUGACUCCCAUAGAGACUCCCCCUCCCAUCUUACCCUGACUCUCAAUCAGUGAAGACAGGUCUUCUUCUUUGGUGGCGCUCCUCUUCUGUCUGUCUGUCUGAACAUUGAAGCCCAGAGGAACAAAAUAACAAGAUUUGACUGAUAAUGGAAACUGGAAUAUUUAUACCAGGGCCUCGGGGUCCUCGUGGCCCUGAACUGGAUUGUGUUUGUGGCCCCAAAAUACUAUUUUACAUGUUCAGCCGUUGCCACCAUUAACAAUCAUCCCAACAAUACUGUAAUAAAGGAAUACUCCACUGAUUUUAUUGUGAAUGUUGGGCUAAUCCUGAAUGUAACCCUUAUUUAGACGAGCAAAGGUCCUUCAAAUAUACAACAUAUUCACAGAGAAAAUAUAUUUUUCUGUUUAAAGUCAAGCUCUGCAGUGGACAAAUACUAAGACCCAAACCUGUAGACCCAAGCCUGACUUAGAUCAGAACCUGAUCUGAAAGCUGUAUAUUCAUUUCAUCAUUUACUGACUGUUAGCAUGGCAGGCUAAUGCAGCACAUUGGCUACACUCUUUCUCUGCGUCAUGAAUCUCCUUGCAAGACAUGACACCAAACCCAGAACCAAACAAAGACCAGAGUUUAAUGACUACGACCCUCUCUGACAGGUUUUCACCAAUAUCUCUCUUUCCCUUGGCCUCCACCCCGUUUGGUUUUGUUGUAUUUUGUUUUACCUGUGUCUCAGUUCUAAUAACUAACCUGAAACCGACAAGACAUCUCGAUGCUUUGUUGGAACCUGUUGGGUUCAAGCCUGGUAGCAGAACUUUAGAUACAACCACCAAACCCCAACUCAAUUACACAAAUAGCUACACAAUCAACCAACAUUUGUGUGGCUAAUGUUUUAGCAUGCUAAAGUCUGUGUUGUGUUUGAGCAGGCUUAAAUUUUUGUCUUACAAAUGUCAAAACAACAUAUGUAAAGUAGAGAACAAACUAAAAAAUGGCCACUGUUACGGCUGGAAAGCAACAGUCGAAAAUUAAACAUCCUCAUUUCAAUCCAGUAAAUUACAAACUUUUCUCUUUGACGUGUUGUUUUGUUUUGUCCUGACCGAUCAGUAGCAAGUGAUAAAUCUGUCCCACUCAUUUUUAAGUGGCAGUUUGUCUUGUUGAUUGAAGAAAUGUUGAUUUAAUAGUAGUUACAUCAUUUUACUGUUAUGUUGACUUGUGUUUCUGUUCCUUUUUUUCAUGAACGUACCAACUGCCUACCCUCAAGUUUUCAAAUAUCCCUUUUACCUACGCUUUACCCUUUUGAAUCUCUAAAUACUCUUGGCAUUUAUUCAUUUUACUGAGAAACAAAGCAAAGCCCACAGCAUGAGAUGGAAAUCAGUUUGGGUAAUUCAGCAUUAUUAUGUCUCUCAGGCAUCAUCUCAGUUCCCAUCAGAUGUUCACUUAUUGGCAGCAGCAUUUCCCACAUGCAGUCUGGUUGCUGCCCCCUGGUGGCCAAUGAGAGCACUGGUUUAAUUUUUGGAUCUCAGCGACCACAUCCUGUGGCAGUCUUGAUGACUUCUGACCGCAUAUUGAUCAUAAAUGCAGCCAUUAGAAAGAUGAUCAGAUAAGUGAGGAAAGCAGUGAAGUAUUCCUUUAUCUAAUAAGAGUAAUAACAUUUCCAUUAUGAUUCCCUUCUUGGUGGUUGUGACCUUAAACGACAGGAUGUUUUCAGCUGAGUCGACUCUGCUUCCUGCUGUCAUUAGAUGAACAGGAAAACUGUCUUCACCCUCCACAGAAACACACUGACAGUGGAGUGUUAGGUGGUCUGAUGAGCUGAUGGACUGCAGUGGAAACAGCAGACGCUCUCAUGUUAACACACCAGGAACCUUUAUAAAGGCUUUAAUGAUUUCCACAAGCACAAGCCGGCCUUCCACUCUGUUUUCAUCUGUCAGACUCAUUGGAGAAAACAUCUGUUAGCAUCAACAUGUGGCUGCUGAUGGAGCAGCGGUGGAAGCAUGCCGCUGUGGGAACUGUGUACAUGAUUUAAAGCAACGGUCCAAUAUGUUGGGAUCAUUAGGAAGCACCUCCAGAGUCAGAUGGAUUUUGGUUUUAUCUUUGUGUGUCCAGCAGUGAGACCUAUGCAGGAUGUGUUUAGCUUAUAGCUUAGCAGCAGGGGGUAAAUGUUAGCCUAGCAUUGAGCUCCAGGUCUGAUUUACAUGUUGGAUCUGGGUAGCUUGUUGGGUUUAGAUGCUUUUCCCUGAAUCUGUACAGCGGAGGUGGAGGGUGUAAAGUUAGCACUGCCCACAGAGCCACAAUAGAAGAUAUUUAUGGGAAACAGACCAGGUUGAAAUUUAUCAGAAUCUUCCUCAUCUUGUGUCCAGGAUUAAUCUCUACACUGAGAUCCACCUGAAACAUCUGACUCUGGAGAACAUGGCUGUAAAAAAGAGGAGUGUACGUUGUGUGUGCAGUCGCUGUAUAUUUAAAAUGCCUUUCCUACCACUUUACUUGACGGUUUUUUGUAUAUUACCUGAACAUAAGUGAGCUUAAAACUUUUUGAAGCACAAACAAACUAGAGGCAGAGAUCCGAUAAGCACAUGUUCAUCCUGAAAACCUCCUCAGACCUGUUGUUUAGCAGAGCAUCCAUGCUGAUCACAUUUUAUGCACUUUUGGAAAAAAUCCUCCAUGUGUUUAAUUUGACUGUAAAAAGCUUUUUAACACAUUUUGUGUCUGAAACAUCUCCACACCUCCCUGUUCACAUCACUCUGGCUUUAGCAAUAUUAAAAAUGGCUGCACUUUGUUUGUAGGGAGCGUCGGGACUGCAGGAGAGAAAACAGAGUCACAGGAAAUCACUGUAACAGCUUUUUAUUUUUCUGUCUCAGCAGCUGUUUAUAACCUGGCCACAUUAAUGCAGCUACAUUUUCAUUAGUGUGAGAUUUAAAUGUCAAGCCACAUAAAAACUGUGGUUCCCUGGAGUUUGUACUAAAACUGGUGCUGCUUUAUUUUAGUGAUUCAUAAUGUUCAGACUGUUUCACCAGAGGCAAAAAAAAAAACACUGCUGUAGUUCGAAUGGCAAAACACUGAAAGUACCUGUAGUGGAUGUGCAUUGUACAACUGUGUAAGUAGCAAUAUUACAAGUUGUUUUAGCUUCACAAAACCUCUGGAGGAGUUCAGAUGGAUGGAUCCACUCAUGGUUUAUUUCCCACCCAACGUCAGUGCUGGUUUCUCAUGAUAACCAUCUUCACCUGGACAGAAGUCAUUGUUUUAAAGCCACAGUCCAACCAUAGGAUUGUGUCUUUAUUGGGGGGAAAUGUCAACCAAUUUUCUGGACUUGGUCGUUUCCUAAUAACUUCAUAUGAGCAGAAUGACACUGUACAUAAUAUUAAACCAGUUAUAGGGAAAGAGUUUAGUUGGCUGUGUCGAUUUUGUAAUCUGUUGUGGAAUUCCAGAUUUUGAAUUUUCUCCCAAGUAAAUAUUUAUUAUCAACUGAUUUAUUAGAAACUAUUUUGUAACAUACAAUAGACUGAACUUUAUGCUUUCCUAUAGACAGCUUCUGCCUGUUCAACUGACGGGCUGUGCACUGACUGUAAAAUGGUGGCCACACCACCAUCCAUCCAUCCAUACCUCCUAGCUUAUCCUUUGCAGGGUUGUUGUUGUCUGUAAAGAAUUACAAUUUCUGUGAAAUGGAAAAAUGUCUGGAAAUGCUUGUGGCCUCGAUUGUUUUUGGUUUGAAAACAGAUCAACCAGAUCAACAAAUCCACCAGAACAGGUGACAGGUAAGAGGCAGGUUUACAGGUCAGGAGCUGGAACACAACAGCAUCAAACAACACUGACAAUCAGAGACAGGGACUCAAACGGGCUGGUUUAUAUACUGUGGGGUUUGAUGAGGAAAUAAGGAACAGGUGUGUCUGACUGAGGACAGGUGUGCAGAGAGAAGCAGGGUCAGGUGACUGGAAAGGUUUGGGGAACCUGGAAUAUCUCACAUUUAAAUUUUUUUUUAACUCUUCAGUUUUAUUUCCUGUAAAACUCAUCUCCCCGGAUUAAAGUCUAAAUAUGGUUUUAAAACCUUCCAAGUAUGUAAUUCAAAUGGAAAGCCUUUUUAAUUAAUGUUAAUUUAUUUUGCUUUAAAUCAAAUAAAAUUCUAGGAUAUUUGAAAAUAUCCACAUCAGAAAUCUAAUGUGUAAUAUGAGUGUGAUCUGAGGAUCAUUUAAACAGCAGAGAAACAUCAUUAACAGGGUUUUUUUUAAAGGCUGAAGGUUGUUUCAUCCUCUUUCGUCCUUGGCUGUUAUUUUGGAUAAACUGUGACUGGAGUCCCAGUGAUGCUCUGUUCUGUGGCUUCACAUUUGUUUUGUGGGUAAAUGGAAACUAUUCUCAUGUGAAGAAACUGAAUAAAAACAGCGCUGUUGUACAGAAAACA